AUGUCUUCACCAGCUACCAUUACCACCAUUCCCCUGACUCCGAACGCCACCUCAAACACGCCCUUGGCCUGCAUCGGCGUGCUGACCAGCGGCGGCGACUCGCAGGGCAUGAACUGCGUCCUCUUCGGCCUGGUGGCAGCCGCCGGCCGGGAGACCGAGGUGUACCUGAUUCGCGACGGCUACCAGGGCCUGGUCACCGGUGGGCCGGGGCUGAUUGAGAAGGGACGUCGGGAGGAGCUGGCGAAGUACCUGCAUCAGGGCGGCACCAUUAUCGGGUCCUCCCGUUGCGCCGACUUUCGCACCGCCGAGGGACGCAAACGUGCCGCCCGGAAUCUCCUCUCGCGGAACAUUUCCAACCUGGUGGUGGUGGGCGGCGACGGCAGUCUGACCGGGGCAAAUCUCCUCCGCCAGGAGUGGCCGGCCAUUGUUGCCGAGUGGAGCAAGGAGAACAGGCAGCAGCAGCAGGGCAAUUCGAACCAGCUGGCCAAGCUGAACCUGGUGGGCAUCAUCGGCUCCAUUGACAACGACUUCCAGGGGACGGAGAUGACGGUGGGCGCCGACUCCGCUCUCUUUCGCAUUCAAGAGGCGGUGGACGUGCUGCGAACGACCGCUGCCAGCCACGGCCGCGUGAUGGUGGUGGAGGUGAUGGGCCGCAACUGCGGCUACCUCGCCCUCUCCAGCGCCCUCGCCACUGAGGCGAGCUACGUCUUCCUGCCUGAGUGUCCUCAGGAGGAGGAGGAGGUGGCUGGCCAGAACCAGGGCCAGGGAACCGGCAAAAGUUGGCAGGCAAAGCUGGCCGCCCGGAUCGCCUUUGAGCGCGCCCACGGCAAGUUCUACCACCUGGUGAUCGUGGCGGAGGGCGCCUGCACCGUCAAUGGCGUCGCCCUCAAGGCGACGACCAUUCGCGAGUACCUGGGCGGCGAGGGUGGCCUUCGCCUGGACGCGCGGCUGUGUUACCUGGGCGGCGAGCAGGGCGGUGGCCUCCGCCUGGACGCGCGGCUCUGCGUGCUGGCGCACACGCAGCGCGGCGGCCGCACCAGCGCCUUUGACCGGCUGAUGUCGCUGCGGAUGGGCAUUGACGCCUUCCACUGCGUCAAGGGCAUGUCCUCCUCUUCCCCCUCCUCCUCAUCUUCAAACUCCACUUUAUCUUCCGCUGUUGUGUUGACGCUGAACGAGGGCAACGUGGUGGCAAAGCCGCUGAUGAACUGCGUUCAGGAGACCACCAAACUGAACGGCCUGAUGCGCGAGCACAAGUGGGAGGAGGUGGUGGCCCUCCGUGGGGAGCACUUUCGCCUCACCUGGAACAACUUUCGCGAUCUGAUGUCUUGCAAUUCGAAUGAUCAGCCUGGAAAUAAUUCACAGCAGCAGGAGCAAACCACUUGGGCGGUGGCGCACAUCGGCGACUCGGUGGCGGGCGUCAACGCCGUCCUCUACGGGGUGGUGCG